CGGCGGCGGCAACCGGCGUAUACAGAGUUUGCGCAUCCUGUGCAGAGAGCGAGAGGUCAGGCCAUGAACCUGGGAGAUGGUUUAAAGCUUGAAACUGAAUUGUUGGAUGGAAAAACCAAGUUAAUAUUAUCUCCAUAUGAAUGUAAAUCAAAAAAUUCUGUGAAGAUGGGAAAUAAGACCAAGCUUGCAAAAUGUCCUUUAAGAACAAAACAAACUGGAUACAUUCUCAAAUCAACACAAAAUACUUGUAUCAGGAGUGGAAAACUUUUGCAAAAGAAGAGAAUGGGUUCAGAAACUUCACUGGCAAAAGGCGAAAAAAAUAGUAUGACUUUUUCACCCACUAAGGAUUUAUGUAAGCAGUGUAUAGAUAAAGACUGUCUUUAUGUCCAGAAAGAGAGUUCACCUGCAGCCCCCAAUAUACAGAAGACUAGAAACACCAUAAAUACAUCUGUAGUAGCUAAACAGAAGCUUUGCAAAAAACACAUCACAGCUGAAAAUAUGAAGAGCAGUUUGGUGUGUCUAACACAAGACCAACUACAACAGAUUUUGAUGACUGUGAACCAAGGAAAUAGAUCUGUUUCCCUGAUUGAAAAUGGAAAGGAAGAAAAAAGUCAUGGCAAUCUACAUUUAAACGAUAUUUCCAAUCAGCCAGAGGAUGAGAACAUUAUGGGAGUAUUCCAGAAAACUGAGACGCUUUCAUCUCUCCUAGAUGAAAAUAAAUCUGUUUUAAGUACAAAUCAAGAGACAUCUAAGCAGUAUGAGCAGAAAAUUGCCAUAGAGAAUGUUUGGAAACCAGCUGACAUAUUCAGUACUCUGGGGGAAAGAGAACGUGACAGAAGCUUGUUGGAAGCAAAAAAAGCCCAGUGGAGAAAAGAGCUUGAUGAACAGGUUGCUUUAAAGAAGAAAGAAAAAGAAGCUUCUGAGAAAUGGAACAAUCCUUGGAAAAAAUUUGACAGUGAUAAAAUAGUAUGGGAAAAAUUUCAAAUUCUUGACCAGCCUAAGACUUGUGCUAGCUCUUCCAGCAUUCUGUCACAGUCUCCCAGUCAGAUAACAGUGGUCCAGACUGAUGGGCACCCACUACCUAGAGCUAGUCAGAUUUUAGAGGAAGCAGUACCACGGGAGCGCCCUUUCAGUGCCAUGAAACAAGAACAGCAUAGGAAAUGGAUUGAAGAUUUGAACAAGCAAAUAGAAGAUGAUCGGCAAAGAAAAAUAGAGGAAAAAAUUACAUCUUCAAAGGGUGAGGAACAUGACAGAUGGGCAAUGCAUUUUGAUUCGUUAAAGUCCUAUCCUGCUUCUCAGUCUCAACUGUCUUCUUGGUCAACACACAACCAACCAGAGUACUUCUGUGUCUCUCCGGACACUCACGAACUGGCUGAUACCAGCAGUGUUUAUACGCCUAUGACUGGAAGCCAGGUUGAACCUUCAGAGGAGGAGCAUAUGGCAAAACCAGUUAGAGAUAAGACCAUGGCAGAUAGUCAGAAAACAAACUUUCUCCGUUCUAUGACUGCUCUCUUGGAUCCAGCUCAGAUUGAAGAACGUGAGAGGCGACGACAAAAACAGUUAGAACAUCAGAAAGCCAUCACCGCUCAGGUAGAAGAGAAACGCAGGAAGAAAGAGCUGGAAGAACAGCAAAGAAAGAAGGAAGAACAAGAAGAGGAGCGUCGCUUAGCACGGGAACGAGAAGAGAUGCAGAAACAGUAUGAAGAAGACAUACUUAAGCAAAAACAAAAGGAAGAAAUCAUGACUCUCAAAACAAAUGAGCUAUUUCAGACAAUGCAGAGAGCACAGGAGCUAGCACAGAGGCUGAAACAAGAACAGAGAAUCCGAGAAUUGGCUCAAAAGGGACACGACACUUCUGGAUUGAUUAAAAAUCUUGGUGGAACUGUCAUUAUGUUGGAUAAUUUAUUUCUCUUGCUAUUUGAUAAGGUGACUAACAACAUUUCAAAUUUAGGACAUGGCUUGGAUGAUGUCAGUGGUAAAAAGAAUACAUGUAUCAAUUCUACAACCUCUCCCAAAAAGGAUACUGCUGUGCAAACAGAUGACUUAAAUACAGGAACAUUCACCAAUGCAGAAUCAUUCUGUGGAACAGUAAUAGAGAGGGAUAUACUAAAUUGUUCAUCUCCUGAGAUUCCUGCAGAAUUUAACGAACAGUUUAACACUAAGAAGGACAAAGAGGAACUAAUAAAUCAGGUUAAAGGAGCCAACCUAGAAAAAGAAAACAGUUGGUAUGAUGAUCUGUGUAAUGAGUUUGCAAGGACAGAGAAAACACAUAUGAAGAAAUGUCCUAAAAGGCCUGAUUGGAAUAUAAACAAACCACUCAAAAGGUAUAUUCCAGCAUCAGAAAAGUACCCCAAACAGCUUCAAAAGCAGAGAGAAGAAAAAAAAGUAAGAAGGCAGAUGGAACUGCUUAAUUUGGUAGAAAGAAAUAGUCCUGGACAUCUCUCUCAAAAUAGAGGCACUUCACCAGUUCUUCCUUCAUCUCAAGAAACUGAGCCAAGGUUCAGGUGGCAUCUAAUCAAAAAGGAAGAAGAGCCUCUGAAAAUUAAUUCUUUCAGCAAGGAAAGGUCUCAGUCACCACCACCAGUUCCAGUGGUGAAAAACAGAACACAACAAACUCUAAAAAACAGUAAUUAUGAAAGACAGAAUCUGAUCUUAGAAGACAGUCAAACAGAAACAUCACCUGGACUUCCUGAACGGUCCCAUUUUAUCCCCUAUGUCCGAACCAAUGAGAUUUAUUACCUUGAUCCAGAUGCACCACUGUCUAGGCCUUUAACCCACGAUCUUCAGUACCAAAAUCCACAUGGCUGUGACCAAGAACAACGGCAGCUCUUUGAUUCUGAUGUCAGGGACCCACUUCUUAAUCCUAACUUGGUGAAAAACAGGGACCGACAGCAAGCAAUCCUUAAGGGACUAUCAGAACUGAGACAGGGCCUUCUCCAGAAGCAAAGGGAGUUGGAAACUAAUCUCAUGCCUUUAGCUGCAAAUCAAGAAGAGAAUUUUAAUUCUUCGUUUUAAAUGUAGAAAAUCAAAUCCUUCACAUUUGUUGCUUCUAAAUUAUAAAAUGUGUUCAUUGCAUUACUGUAUUUUCCAAAUAACCUAGAUUUUAUAAAUGCUUAUUUAAAACUUGUAAAUUAUGUAGUACAACGCUGUGUGUGUAUAUAUAUAUUUUUUACAAUAAAACACAUUUUUGUAAAGCUUAGUAAAAAAACAUUUUUUUGCUCUAUCACAAUCUAGGUAUUUAAACACUUUCUACUUACCUUAAGACAGGUUUCUGACCUGUUCACAGACCACGUUCUUCUACACUUAUGUAGCUUAUUAUUGGAAUACCACUUAGGUAUUUUGUUCUAUAAAAAGAUUUAAGAGGUUAGAACUCUCCCAAGUUCUUCUGAGGGGCCAAAGGAAGGUCUGACUUAACAUAUCCCAACUUUAACUAAAAUAGCUCAGUUUUUUCCCUCUAAUUCCUGGUUUUAGGACUUUACAAAAACAUUUUACAAGUUUGCAUUUCUAAUGCAGGCAGUUAUAAGGAACAGAUACGGUUUUAAAAUUGAUCAUACUUUAUCUGUGAAUUUUAAAAGUUGAGUAAAGCACUUAAGUUUUUACCACCUCAAAAAUAUACUUAAAUUUCUCUAACACUACUAAUUUAAAAAUCUAUAACAAAGUUCUUCCAACAGAAGCCUAUCUUUUGGAAAUAUGGGAUUGAAUCUGGUUAUGUCCAGGACCAUACUAAUAAGCACUGAAAACUGUAAUGAUCAAACACCUCGAAUAAGAGGUUGGUCCAAAAUUUUAGCAACAGGCAAUUUUUACAUGACUAGGCCUAAAGAUAAAAAUAAUGCUCCCCGGUAUUACGUCCUAAGUUUUACUUAUAUACAUAGUUUAUCAUCUAAAUUGAAACUGCAUUCACUGUUAGAUAAAUCUUGAGGUAUUGAGCCAAAAUCCAUUAAGUAUCUGUUGACAUCACUGGCUUACACCUGUAUAAAACACUAUACAAAAGCUUAAAAUAAAUACAAUAGUUGAUUGGUAUGUCAUUUUAGUAAAAGUAAUUGGUAUCAUCUGAUGGGGGGAAGAAAAGCCAUUGCUGACUAUCCUUUUGCAAAUUAUCUGAUUUUAUAUAUAUAAAACAGGCUUCAAUUUGAAGCCCAGGUACAG